AUGGCAAAAAAGAAAGCAUCUAUUCCCUUUCUAUCUCUCACAUCUAUAGUCUUUUUGCCCUGGUGCAUCUCUUUUACAUGUAAGAAAGGUAUGGAAUAUUGGGUUACUAAUUGGUGGAAUACUAAGCAAUUCGAAAUUUUCUUGAAUAUCAUUCAAGAAAAGAGCAUUCUAAAAAAAUUCAUGGAAUUAGAGGAACUGUUCUUCUUGGAUGAACUGCUAAAGGAAUAUUCGGAAACACGUCUUCAAAUCCUCCGUACCGGAAUCCACAAAGAAACAAUUCAAUUGAUCAAGACGCACAACGAAGAUCGUAUCUAUACAAUUUUGCACUUCUCGACAAAUAUAAUCUAUUUCAUUAUUCUAAGUGGUUAUUCUAUUCUAGGUAAUCAAGAACUUAUUAUUCUUAACUCUUGGGUUCAAGAAUUCCUAUAUAACUUAAGUGACACAAUAAAAGCUUUUUCUAUUCUUUUAGUAACUGAUUUAUGUAUAGGGUUCCAUUCGACUCAUGGUUGGGAACUACUGAUUGGGUCCGUCUAUAAAGAUUUUGGAUUUAUUCAGAAUGAUCAAAUUAUAUCUGGUCUUGUUUUUACUUUUCCAAUGAUUUUAGAUACAAUUUUAAAAUAUUGGAUUUUCCGUUAUUUAAAUCGUGCAUCUCCUUCACUUGUAGUGAUUUAUCAUUCAAUGAAUGACUGAAAAAAAAAAUGAUCCACCGAU